UAUUAAAAAAGAAAAUAUGGCAUUUUUAGAUUAUUUACAGUUGAUUGCAUUCUUCGGUUCUGUUAUAUUUACGGUUCUGUUGUUAUCGCUUGCAAUUAUACAAAAGUCUGUGACAACACCAUUGCCUGUGAUCAAACGACACAAACAAGAAAAAACCUUUUUGGAUCCAAACAAAUUGAAGACGAUUGAAUUCCCUAGCAUAGAUGAUGAACCCAGUGUGGAUUUAAGUGUCAUUGUACCGGCCUACAAUGAGGAGGAGCGAAUGCCUUCUAUGUUGGACGAAUGUCUGGAGUAUUUGGAAAAUAAAUCCAAGUCUGGCAAUUUCACCUAUGAGGUGAUUGUAGUCAGUGAUGGUAGUUCUGAUGGCACGGUGGCACUUGCAUUGAAGUACUCGAAACGAUAUACCGCCGAAAAGGUUCGUGUAUUGGAGCUGAUUGAAAAUCGUGGAAAAGGUGGUGCUGUACGAUUGGGCAUGCUAAGUGCUCGUGGUCGUAAUUUACUUUUUGCCGAUGCUGAUGGUGCAACAACAUUCUCGGACUUAGAUAAACUCACCGAAAGUUUGGCAACUAUUAAUAAAGAUUGGAAAGAUGAUGCUGUGGUAAUUGGUUCAAGGGCACAUUUGGAAAAGGAAGCCAUUGCCACAAGAAGUGCAUUUAGAACAUUCCUGAUGCAUGGUUUCCACUUUUUGGUGUGGUUAUUUGCUGUGCGCUCCCUAAGAGAUACACAAUGUGGUUUUAAACUACUAACCAGAUCGGCAGCUAGAAAACUCUUUCGCAUUAUGCAUGUGGAGAGAUGGGCCUUUGAUGUCGAACUGUUAUUUUUGGUAGAACGCCUAAACAUUCCCGUACGUGAAGUUGCCGUUAAAUGGCAAGAAAUUGAAGGUUCAAAGCUGACACCAUUUUGGUCAUGGAUACAAAUGGGUGUUGAUUUAUUUUUAAUAUGGUUCCGUUAUACAAUUGGUGCAUGGCAAAUUGUCGACACCACCAAAGCCCAUGCAGAAUAAUCUCCCAAGUUUUCUUUUC